AUGGCUCAUUUAGACAAGAAAGAAAAUCUUAACGACGGACUAAAUAACGUGCACAUUAGGUCUCCUGUGAAAAAUGUGCUAUCUGCUCGUAACAACAAUGUUGUUGAGACAAUGGAUGUUGAAAAGACGGACAAGGUAGAAUUCGACCCUCAACUGGAACCGCUAUUACGCGAAAAUCCUCGCCGUUUUGUUAUGUUUCCUAUUCAAUAUCCGGAUAUCUGGCAAAUGUAUAAAAAAGCAGAAGCUUCUUUCUGGACAGUUGAAGAAGUGGACUUAUCAAAGGAUUUGUCUGAUUGGGACAGUCUAAAGGACUGCGAGAGACACUUCAUCAAGCAUGUAUUGGCAUUCUUUGCUGCAUCAGAUGGCAUAGUCAAUGAAAAUCUUGUUGAAAGGUUCUCCCAAGAGGUACAAGUGACAGAAGCCAGAUGUUUCUAUGGUUUCCAGAUUGCAAUGGAAAAUGUACAUUCAGAAAUGUAUUCUCUACUUAUUGAUACAUACAUUAGGGACCCUAAGGAGAGAGACUUCUUAUUCAAUGCUGUAGAGACUCUUCCGUGUGUAAAGAAGAAGGCAGACUGGGCUCUCCAGUGGAUAGCCAGCAAAUCUGCCACAUUUGGUGAAAGGAUUGUUGCAUUUGCUGCUGUUGAGGGAAUUUUCUUCUCUGGAAGUUUUGCUUCAAUCUUUUGGCUGAAGAAGAGAGGACUAAUGCCGGGCCUAACCUUCAGCAACGAAAUGAUUUCAAGGGAUGAGGGCCUCCACACUGACUUUGCAUGCCUAAUGUUCAAGCAUUUGGUACAAAAACCUCCUGCAUCCCAAGUACUGAAGAUAAUUCGUGAUGCAGUGGUCAUUGAACAGGAGUUUCUCACUGACGCAUUACCAGUAAGACUAUUGGGCAUGAACUGUGACCUCAUGUCUGAAUAUAUACAGUUUGUCGCCGACCGGCUUCUUGUGGACCUUAUUGGAGAGAAGCACUACCACACUAAGAAUCCAUUUGACUUCAUGAAUUUGAUCUCUCUUGAAGGAAAAACGAACUUCUUUGAAAAGAAAGUCGGAGAGUACCAAAAAUGGGGGGUCAUGUCAAACCCUAACGAUAAUGUGUUCACAUUGGAUGCCGAGUUCUGA